AUGGGUACAGGAUGUAGUAUUGUGUCAAUGACAUCUCCUUCAGCAUCAACGCUGAAAGUUGUAUGGAGUAGCUACGCUGGAGCUUCAAUUUACUCCCUCGACUUGAGGGUAGUGAACUCUACCACUGUUGCCCCUGUGGUGGUGUUGCAGUCAGCGCCCAGCACACAGAGACUAAUACAGGGGUUAAGGCCCGGACAUGUCUAUGAAGUCAUACUGAAGGUCUUUGAGUUUUAUAGCGUCGUUUGCACGGUUUCUGAAAUAACCAUGACAGUGCCCGCUAUGUCUCAAAUCACAUAUUCCAAAGCUAUUUCGAGUACAUCUAUAAAGUUUGAGUGGUCCAGCGUGAUGGGGGCGGACAGCUAUUCCUUGUUUGUGGAGGAGUUGUUUAGUUUUCCCCAAAAGCGAUUCAACCAGACCUUGACGUCUCUGGGUGGACAAAUGGACGGCCUGACUCCUGCUACAACUUACAACUGCUACGUUUACUCCGUCAACAGCGCGGGAAGAGGUGCCAAAAGUAAUACAAGGACAAUCAUGACCUUGGUGCAGCCGCCGACGGGUGUGGCUCUGGUUGCAACAGGAAAGAGCACAGCCACAGUGACGUGGAAUAAAGUGAAUAAAGUCCUGCUUUACCAAGUGGUUGUGAGUGAUAAUGACAACGCCAGCAACCCUCCGGUCAUCAGAAACACCUCGAGCACAACCAUGGAUAUCAGUAAUCUGGAGCCCUGCUCCACCUACACAGUGGGAGUAUCAUCAGUCAACGUCUUCUUGGUGCCUGGAGAGGCCUCCAAUAUUACACACACUACCUCAACUAUUAACCCGGUGACGACCGUCUCUGUGGACUACAGCUGCUCCAACGGCAUGGUGACAGUGACUUGGAAUCAGGUGUUUGGGGCCAACACGUACAGGGCCACGGCCGUCGACGGCACCGGCGCCUCCCUCAACUGUACAUCAGCUUCCAGCAGCUGCCAGAUCACCAUGCUGAAAUGUGGCGAGAAGUACCGGGUCCACGUCACGGCCAUCUCUGAUGACUGCGAGAGCACCUCCAACACCUCCUCCCUGUUCGAGACAGUCCCCUGCGCUCCAGCAAACCCUCAGACCAUCCACACCUGCUCCAGCAAUGUGAUCGUCUUCAGCUGGCAGCCCACCAACAACACUUUGUACUACGUGGCCACGGCGGUGGACAAGACUGGCAAAGUGACCGAGUGCAGGACGCCAGACAACACGUGUUACUUCACUAAUACGGGCUGCGGUCAGUUCUACACCUACAACGUGUACGCCGUCAGCUCUGAAUGUAACAGCGAAGUCAGCCAGCCCGAGUUUGUCCGGACCUCUCCUUGUCUACCAACCAACGUGAGGACGGGAGCUGGGUGUCACUCCGACAUGCUGAUCACAACCUGGGACUCUGCUGCCGGAGCUCUCUCUUAUACGGUGGAAGCUCAGGGGAACACUGGGGAAACCUACAACUGCACCUCCUCCUCCAACAGCUGUGCGGUUACCGGCGUGCCAUGUGGCGAACACCUCAGCGUGUGGAUCGUCGCCUCCAAUGACAACUGCUCCACUUCCAGGGUGUUGGGAGAAAUUGCUCAGACUGUUCCCUGCAGCCCCCAAACAGUGUCAGCAUCAGUGGAGUGCAGCCAAGAUUCUGCAAGAGUGAACUGGACGACGAGCAUCGGGGCCGUGUUCUACAUUGCUGUUGCUCAGGAUGCUAAUGGAAAUUCACACAGCUGCAAUUCAGUGGGCACCAGCUGCUUGAUCGAAGGUCUGGCAUGUGGACAGAAUUACACUGCCAGCGUUGUUGGCACUAACUUUGAGUGCAACAGUACCAUCAAUCAGGAGAUUUCCUUCAGGACAGCACCUUGCCCUCCAACCAACAUCGAGGCAUUUAGAGACUGCGACGCCAAUCAUGCUCUGAUAGUGUGGCAGAACCGUCAGCUCGCAGGCCUCUACACGGCCACGAUAGAGGACCAGAGCGGGGCUCAGCUCUCCUGCACCAACAACACAGCCAACUACUGUAAAAUCAGCUCUCUGCCUUGUGGAAGGAAAUACAACGUCACCGUCACCUACAACGAUGGAAACUGUCCGUCCACCUCGACACCAAUCAGCAUGUACUCAGCUCCGUGCUCUCCCUCUAUCCAGAACAGAACUCUGAUCUGUGGCACCAAUUCCUCUUUCCUGUCGUGGUUGCCGAUGGCCGAUGCCACGGGUUACACGGUUAAUGCGACGGCUGCAAACGGACACAAAGUCUCGUGCAGCUCAGCCAACGCUUCGUGCACCCUGACAGAUCUCCUGUGUAGCGAGACCUACGUGACCACGGUCACUGCACGAGGAAACCAGUGUGACAGUUUACCUGGAGCCAGCACCAACAUUACUACAGCGAUCACAUCUAAACAGUUUAUCUGUGGCACCAACACAGCCGUGCUUGGUUGGACUGACCCAGUGGGGAGCCUUGGUUUCUUUGCUCAGGCUCAGGGAGCGCAGUGCAACAGCAGCGUCAGUGUCAGUGAAUCCCUUGAAACAGUCCCGUGUGCCCCGAAGAACGUGAGCGCCACUCUGAUGUGUUCCAACCGCUCAGCCCUGGUGACGUGGGUGGGAAGCCCCAGUGCCGUAGGAUACAACGUGACAGCAACAGGCCAGGACGGACACACGCACCCCUGCAACACCAACUCCACCAGCUGUCAAGUGUCAGACAUCCACUGUGGGGAAACCUACAGCAUCACGGUCACACCGUACUCUCACACCUGCACGGGAAACCCCAGUGCAGCUUACAGCUUUACCGCAGGUCUUUGUGCUCCCACUAACGUCAUGGCGUCUGCAGCUUGUGCGGACAGCGUCGUCUCUUGGCUUCCCGUGGCGGGGGCUGAUAUGUACAUAGCAACAGCGACUUCGGGUGACGGACACAAUCACACUUGCAGCUCCAACUCUUCGAACUCGUGCAAUUUCACCGACCUCCACUGUGGGGAAGCCUACACGGUUACUGUGGUAACUGUGGACAGGGGCUGCCCGAGUGACCCCAGCUCUGCAGCAGUGCUGACAACAGCUCUGUGUCCGCCCGCUGACUUGAUGGGCCACGUCAGCUGUGAUGCCAACACACAGACCCUCACGUGGACUCCAGUGACCGGAGCCACCUACGUUUUGCUUUCCGAGUGGAUCGGUGGCACAUUUCCUCCUGCAGAGCUCCCCACCCCAAACCCCUCACUUAUGUUGUCUGACCUGCCGUGCGGACAGAGAUUUGCUUUCCGCAUUGCAGCCCAGGACGGACAGUGCCGCAGCAGCUACAGUCCGCCCAUAGAAAUAAGUACAGCUCCCUGUCAGCCCACAAACCUGACUGCUCGUGUGGACUGCGGGACCAACAGGGGGAAUUUCUCCUGGGUCGACAGCAGCGGAGCAGCUUUCUACACUGUGGAGGUGACAGGAGAGAACGGCCACGUGGCGUCCUGCUCCUCCAACCAAACCUCCUGUGCUGUCAAACUUCAGUGCGGCCGUUCGUACUCGGCUUCGCUGGUGGCCUCCACGGAAAGCUGCAACAGCACCAAGCACACUGACAUUCAUUUUGAAUCUGCUCCAUGCCUGCCAGAAGAUGUUCUAGCGGAGUUAGACUGUAACGCCAACGUGAUGAAUGUGAGCUGGACUCUGGGCUCAGACGACUACACCGCCUGGGCCAUCAGCACAGACGGACACAGAGCCUCCUGCAACUCAACCUCCAACUCCUGCUCCAUCCACGACCUGCAGUGUGGCAAAAUCUACGAGGUGGCUGUCACCUCCUCCUCCAUCCACUGCCAAGUCAUAGCUGGCUCUGAUUACAAGAUUCAGUCUGCUCCUUGUAAACCAGAGAACACCUCCGUUGACCAGAACUGUAGCUCCAAUGCCGUCACGGUGAAGUGGAACCAGGCCAGCACAACUCAGAACUACACUGUUAAAGCUGCGUCUGCCUCAGGUGUGAACUCCACCUGCGACUCCACCCAGAGCAGCUGCUCCUUCCUGGACCUGAGCUGCGGUCAGCGCUAUACGUUCACUGUGAUGGGACACACCAACGUGUGCAUGAGCGAGAUCAGCGCUCCUGUAGAGAUGGUCACCGCCCCGUGUCCUCCAGGCAGCGUGUCAGCUGAACUGAACUGUACCACACGUAAUGCUCUGGUCAGUUGGAGUAACGCUGCUGCUGCUGCUGCAGCUACAGCCUACAGCGUCCAGGCAACCUCCACUAACGGACACAACUCCUCCUGCAGCGAGAUGGGUUCAUCCUGCAGCCUGAACAACCUGGUUUGUGGACAGGAGUACUCUGUCGUUGUUGAGGCCAUGCAUAGUGGCUGUCCUGGUCCUGCCAGUGCUCCUGCCACAGUCACAACAGAGCCCUGUGUUCCUAUGAAUCUCUCUGUCCACUACAACGUGAGCACCGCCCAGGCGAUGUGGAGCGCAGCAAGUGGAGCCACAUCUUACUCUGUGGAGGCUGUGACCGACCAGGGCCUGACGGUCAUCUGUAACAACACCAACACCAGCUGCUUCCUGAUGGGUGUGCAGUGUGGUCAGAGCUACAGCGUCACUGUGAAGGCACACAACCAGGCCUGUGACAGUGUGACGUCUGAAACCUUCCACCUCCUCACUGAGCCCUGCCCACCAACAAACGUUCAGGCCGGUUUUGCUUGUAAGGAACUCACUGCCACUGUGUCCUGGCAGCAGAGCGACCUCGCUGUGGGUUACGUCGCCUACUUUGACAACCAAAAUGGACACGACACCUCCUGUGCUGGCACAAGCACAGAUACAAGUUGUGUCGUCUCGGGCCUGAUGUGUGGAACAGUUUACAGCGCCUGGGUCAAAGCUUUAGGACAGAAGUACAACAGUUCUGACAGCUCUGUGGUCUCUGUUACAUCAGGACCUUGCCAACCAAGCAGCAUCGAAGCCGUUGUUGACUGCCAGGCCCGCUCUGCUGUCGUGUCCUGGCUGCCCGCCAUUGGAGCCGAUUUCUAUGUUGCUGCGCUCAAAGCUUCGUCAGGCCACAUCUCCAGCUGCAUCACCAACCACACCAACUGCGAGCCGAGCCCCCUGCAGUGCGGACAGGAAUACAAUGUCACUGUGAUGGCUCUCGGAGACAUCUGUAACAGCAGCGCCGUCAUGACAGGAUACCUCAGCACAGAGCCCUGUGUUCCUAUGAAUGUGUCUGUUCACUACAACGUGAGCACCGCCCAGGCGACGUGGAGCGCAGCAAGUGGAGCCACAUCCUACUCUGUGGAGGCUGUGACCGCCCAGGGCCUGACGGUCAUCUGUAACACCACCAACACCAGCUGCUUCCUGAUGGGUGUGCAGUGUGGUCAGAUCUACAACGUCACCGUGAAGGCACACAACCAGGCCUGCAACAACACCGUGACCUCUGCUGCGUACCGCCUCAUGACAGAACCCUGUCCACCUACCAGCGUUCAACCCAGCAUGGCGUGUGAGCAGCUCGCCGCCAUUGUGUCCUGGCAGCAGAGCGACCUCGCCGUGGGUUACGUCGCCUACUUUGACAACCGAAAUGGACACGACACCUCCUGUACCAGCACAAACACAGAUACCUUCUGUACAGUCUCGGGGCUGAUGUGCGGCACAGUUUAUAGCGUCUGGGUGAAGGCGUUAGGACAGAAGUACAACAGCUCUGACAGCUCUGUGGUCUCUCUUACAUCAGCUCCGUGCCUGCCUCAGGAGAUACAGGUAGACGUCGACUGUAACUCCGACGGUGCAGCUGUGGUGUCCUGGAACGCCACUCAUGGCACGGCAAACUACUCCCUGAUGGCUGUGGUUGUUGGAAACCUUCAAACUCUGUGCACAACUCAGCAGGGGGCCUGUAAUGUGACGGGUUUAAGCUGCGGGGAAACCUACAAUCUCAGCCUCACCGCCAGCAAUGAGGAAUGCAGCCUCACGGCACAGACACACGCCAACCUCACCACACGACCCUGCCCUCCUCGGCGUGUAGCUGCCAACCUGCAGUGUGGCUCUCGUACUGCCGUCCUGUCCUGGGAAGAGAGGUCUGAUGUCGAGCUGUACGUUGGAAGCGCCGUCAAGGCCUCGGGAGGAGAAGUGAGAAAGUGUAACUCUACAGGCUCUAGCUGUCAGUUCGCCGGUCUGGACUGUGGGGAGACGUACAACUUAACCAUCACAGCACACGUUCAAGGCUGCAGGAGCCAAGCCAGCACCACGGCAUUCAUCCAAACAGAGCCUUGCCAGCCUGUGAUUGUUUCAGCUCAGGCAGUGUGUCAGAGUGACGAGGUCCAGAUCUCCUGGAACCAAGCGAACGACGUACUGAGCUACUUGGUUACAGCCACCGGGAGCCUGGGCUAUGUGGAGAUCCACAACACAACCCAAACCCUCCUGUCAGCCACUUUACCGUGUGGACAGAACUAUAGCGUCACCGUGCAAGUACGGGGCAGCGAGUGUGACAGCAGCCCCAGCAGUCCUGCCUUCUUCAAAACCACCCCUUGCAUCCCCUGGGAUGUGGCGACCUACGUAGAGUGUGAGUUUAACGUGGGCUCUGUCAGCUGGGGGCCCAGUGACGGCGCUGAAGAGUAUGUUGCCGUAGCAACAGGCCUUGACGGCCACCCUCACCAGUGUCUCACCAACACCACCUCAUGCACCUGGAGCGACCUGCACUGCGGCGAGGAGUACACUGUUGUGGUGAGGGCGAAGGGCGACAGCUGCACCAGCCUGCCGAGCAACAGCUCCGUCAUCCAUAUGGAUCCCUGUGUGCCCCAGAAUUUGGCCGCCGCUGUGAACUGUAAUGCUGACGAGGUUUCCCUGAGCUGGAACGCCGGCAACGGGACAAAGACGUACAUGGUGUCUGCUGAGGCAGGAGACACAUCAGUCCAUUUCAGCACUAACGUCACCACAGCAACCUUCUCUGAACUUACCUGCGGACAAAACUACAACCUCACAGUCACACCUCACAACCAGCACUGUCCCGGCAACUACAGCGCAUCCGCCUUCGUACAAACCUGGCCGUGUCCGCCCAUGGGAGUCUCUACCAGGCAGGACUGCCUCUCUGGUGUUGUCAUGGUAACCUGGCAGCCCAGCAAUGGGUCCGACUACUACUCAGCCAUCAUGCAGACCAACGCUGGCCCGACAGAAAUGUGCAUGUCGGAAACUAGUCAGUGCAGCAUCCCUGGGCUGGCGUGUGGACACAACUUCUCCGUCUCAGUCACAGCUUCCAACCAGCAGUGUAACGUCACCUCCAGCCAAACCACUAGUCUGCUGUCAGUGCCAUGUGUCCCCACUAACGUCCUCGUGGUGAUGGACUGCGCCAACAACACUGCCGCUGUGUCCUGGUCUGCCAGCCGCGGAGCCGUGCAGUACUCGGUGACAGCUCUAGGUAGUCAUAGCAACGACAGCUGUCAGAGCUCCGGCCUCAGCUGCAGCCUCAGAAACCUCACAUGUGGCAGCAGCUACACCGUUCAGGUCGUAGCCAUGGACGACGACUGCUCCAGCAUCCCCAGCCAGGCUCUGGUGUUCAACUCAGGCCCCUGCCCGCCACAGAACGUGAACGCCCAGGUCAGCUGUUCGUCCAAUGACAUGACAGUUUCUUGGGAUGCCGUUGGAGAUGCUGACCACUUCUUGGUUUCAAUAACUGCGGAGAACGGAGGAACCAGCGAAUUAUGCAACACCACAAACACUGCAUGUUCCAUCAGCAACGCCACAUGCGGAGAUAAAUUCACAGUUCACGUCAGCUCAGUCAGAGGCGACUGCCGCAGCAGACACAGUCUGACCCAGAGCAUCCAGUCAGCUCCCUGCCAGCCUCAGGGACUCACGGGCCGCCUCGACUGCGUGACCAAUUCCGCCUGGAUCACGUGGGAUGCUGCUCCUGGGGUGGACAGCUACUUCGUGUCAGCUGCAGGUGGAGAGGAACAUACGGCCAACUGCACCACGUCCAACGCCACUGUAUGUGAGGUGGAGGACCUGGCCUGCGGCGUGCUUUAUAACUUCAGCGUCACUGCUAAAAACAGCAGGUGUGACAGUCCGCCGAGUGCCGCCAUCGAGCUGCAGACAGCACCCUGCUCCCUCUCCGGCAUCACCGCCUUCACUCAGUGUCACAACUCCACCAUCCUCGUCAUAUGGGAGCUCAUGGAGGGCAGCGAGGGGAGCACGCUGUACAUCGCCACGGCAGAAGCCAGCGACCACACCUACCUGAGCUGCAACAGCACCGGGACCAGCUGCUACCUCCACGGAGCACAGUGUGACCUCCACUACACCAUCAUUGUAGCCGCUUCAUCGGACCGCUGCAGCAGCAUGAGAAGUCCACCCUACCGAGUCAGCAUGGAGCCUUGUCCACCCAGAGACGUGAUGGUGAACUCCUCCUGUGAGGACCGCAGGGCGCUGGUGUCCUGGACUCCCUCUCCGGUAGCUGAAACAUACCACGUGGUGACUGUGGCUACAGACGGGCAUGUGCGCACGUGCAACACCUCCUCCAGUAACUGCAGCAUGUCAGAGCUCCAGUGUGACCAGCAGUACACAGUAUCUGUGACCGCUAGCCACGAAAACUGCUCCAGCAAAGCCAGUCAAAACACAACAGUGAACACAGGUCCCUGCCAGCCAAGUGGACUCUCACUUACUUUCCACUGUACCAAUCAGUCUGCGACGCUGACGUGGACGCCCAGUGAUAAUGCUGUAGACUAUUAUGGCUGUGCCCAGGCUGGAAAUGGAGACAUGCUGUACUGUCACAGCACAAACCCCUCCUGUACUAUCAACAGUCUGGACUGUGGCACUGUUUACAACUUCUCUGUGCAGGCCUCAGACGGAACAUGCAACAGCUCCUCCAGUGACCCUCUGCAGGGAGGAGCAGCUCCCUGCCCUCCAGAUGCCAUCGAGGUGCAGCUGCUGCCGAUGCAGAUGGAGAUCCAGGUGAUGCAGUUCAGCUGGACAGCAGUCAGCUGUGGAAACACUGACUACCUGCUGGCUUUAACGGGGAGUCUGCUGGGAGACAGCCAGGCGCUCUUUGAGAUCUCCUCCUACUGGACAAGCAGGACAAACUUUGAGAUUCCUCUCCCCUGUGGUUCAUCCUAUGACGCCACAGUGCAGAGCAGGAACAGUGCAGGCACCAGCAGCAAAUCAGUUCCUCUCAGUGGAACAACAGCUCCUUGUCCACCAGCAGGAGUGGUGUACAGCAACAGCAGCUCCUUGACCACAGUCUCAUGGAGCGCCUCGGUGUUUGCCACCAUGUACACCGUGUACGACAACAGCGUCACACCAAGGACCCAGCUGUGCAGCGUGGCGGGGCUCUCCUGCUCUCUGUCCAACAUCGCUUCCAACGAUCUGGUGAUCACAGCCAGCAACGCAGCCGGAGAAAGUGAAGAAACAAGAGUCACGACCGGUAAGAGCUGUGCGAUUGUGGGGUGA